GCCCGUCCCCUCAGAGCCACCGAACUUUUCCUCGCUUACCUCCUCCCACCCACUCUUGCGAGCCUCAAAUCUGCUCCCGGAUUUCGUCAAGCUUUCCCACUCUCGCAAGAAAACCGACAAGAGAAUUUCUCGAGAAAAUCAGCCAAGAUGGUUCUCGCCGUUGAUCUUCUGAACCCUUCCGCGGCCAGCGAGGCCAAGAAGCACAAGCUCAAGACCCUCGUCCCCGCCCCUCGAUCCUUCUUCAUGGACGUCAAGUGCCCCGGCUGCUUCACCAUCACCACCGUCUUCUCUCACGCCCAGACCGUCGUCAUCUGCCAGGGAUGCACCACCGUCCUCUGCCAGCCCACCGGUGGUAAGGCUCGGUUGACCGAGGGCUGCUCUUUCCGACGGAAGUAGACUGCUUCACGGCGGUUUAUCUCCUUGGGUACUCAUGACUCUUACGGUUCAUCGAAUGGUGGUCAUCUCGGAUCUGCAAAUCAACAACCUCGACAUGGACGGAUAGAACAACCGACGUUGCGAACACUACCAAAAACCUCUUUGCAGAUAGAAGAUGGGGCACCCAGAAUAGGGGCGUUUGGGGUCUCCGGAUAUCUUGCAUGGCACAUCAUUCUUCUUUUGUUUUUCCGUUGCGCGCCUUGUACCAAAGAGUCUUCUCGAGGCAGGAAGGAAAAAAAAGCACUGCAUGGGUGGAAAGCUGGAGAAGGCCUUCACGAGCGCCUGGACCGGUAACGUCUGGCGCGAGGACGUGGAACCGCUGCUUGAUGAUCGCUUCAUACCCGGGUGCAGUGGGUAGCGGAGGAUGGUCACUGUGCUUUUGCGAAAAUUCACAAUGGUUUCCACA